CAGUAUAUCCACAACUUAAAUGUCAAUGUGCUACUCAUAGUCAAACAGUAAAUUUGAAAAUUAUAAAAGUGCCUGAAGAAUAUUUCGCUCGAGCACAUUUAUCAAUUCAGGAUGACGGGCCCUCAGACAAUUGUGGUUUAUGGCUUGAUUGCCAUUCUGGUCAUCAUUAUUGUGAUUAUAUCUAUUAUUUUGCUCGUUGGAUUAUAUAUUCACGAUCCAAAUCGUAUAACAACGAAUGAGACGACAACUGAAGAAGCCUUGACCACUUUAUGGGCGUAGAGAAGAAAGUCCUGUCUGUACAGUAGUUGUUGUACCCAAUAAAAUUUGUUUAAAUUGUUACU